AGCCGCAUCAAGCUGGGGCUCAAGAGCCUCGUCAGCCGGGGCGCCCUGGUGCAGACCAAGGGCAUUGGUGGUUCUUUCCGCCUCAGUAAGAAGCCUGGAGAAGCAAAGGAAAAAGCCCCCAACAAGCGGACAGCUGCUCCUAAACGCAAGAAGCCGGCGGUCAAGAAGCCCGUCAGUGCUGCCAAAAAGCCUAAGAAAGUUGUAACAGCGAAGAAGAGUCCUAAGAAAGCCAAGAAAACAUCUGGCGCUGCGACCAGGAAAGUGGUCAAGAGCCCGAAGAAGGCGACUAAGGCUGCCAAGCCGAAAAAGGUGGCAGCAGCAGUGAAGAGCCCAGCCAAGGCAAAGGCAGUGAAGCCCAAACCGACCAAGCCCAAAGCAGCCAAGGUGAAGAAGGCGGCACCCAAGAAGUAG